GCGCCCAUGGGUCAAACUGGCCAGUUGUCGGCUCUAGUGGAUCUCAUCGCAAAUGCCACGAAGAUUGUUGACGCUCAUUAUCAGAAAUCCACGAAGCCUUACGUUCCAUCCCUCGACGACCUGGAGUCGCACCCGUUAGACGACGAAAUAUCUGAUGCAGAGCUCCGUAAUGCAAUUCAGACCAUCGAAGGCGCCUGCGCUCAACUGUCGGCUACCGUCGCACGUCCAAGUCAUACCAUAGUGAAUAGACUUAUGGGUAGCUAUGAGCCCGCAUGUUUGAACGUUGCCAUCACGUUCAACAUCGCCGACAUUCUUCAGAAAAAACCUGCAGGCAUGCAUGUAUCUGAAGUUGGGAAGAUAGCGGGACUCGACGAACGGAAACUUGGAAGGAUUUUGAGAUUAUUGGCAACAAAGCAUAUUUUCCGAGAAAUUUCACGCGAUGUCUUCGCAAAUAAUCGGUUGAGUUUGCAACUGCUAUCUAGCAAUCCUCUCUCCAGCCUGGGACUUCACUUCACUGAUGAAUGCCAGAAGUCGGCAGUGUUACUAUCCGAAACCCUGGCUGACCCCGAUUGGGGAUUCUCGUAUCAGCCACAACAUACCCCCUUCAACAAAUAUAGCAAAUACGCCGAACCUCUUUUCCUAUACUAUGAGGGGACGACUCCAGAAGGCGCCAAGCUCGGUGCGCGCUUUGGGAUCGGGAUGAUUGGCUGGGGCACUGCGACGGAAGCGAGCGCUGUCAUACGUGCAUUCCCGUGGGGAGAACUCGGUCACGGUGCCUCUGUUUGCGAUGUGGGUGGAGGUAUCGGACACGUCACAAUGCAGCUUGCCAAAGCGCAUCCUACACUCCAACUCAAGUUGCAAGACUUGCCAGAGCGCAUCCUACAAGCCAAGAACGAAGUUUGGCCCAAGGAAUGCCCUGAAGCGAUUCAGGAGAAAAGAAUAGAAUUCGAGCCAAUCGAUUUCUUGAGUGAAUCCCCGAUCAAAGACUGUAAUGUUUAUUAUCUCAAGAACAUUAUUCACGACUGGCCGGAUGAAGAUUGCGUCAAGAUCUUAACAGGUGUCCGCAAGGCAAUGGCACCGUACAGCCGCGUCCUCGUCCAGGAGUACAUCUUGCAACACGCCAAUCGCCUUCCCGAUGAUCAGUCCGAGUUUAUCCAGGCACCACAACCUCUUUUGCCCAACUAUGGCGUUGGCAGGCUUCGACAAUAUAAUCUCGAUAUUGAUAUGAUGACCAUGUUGAACAGUGAAGAACGCCGUCUCGAAGAUUUCAUCCGACUUGGCGAUGAGGCAGGCUUGAAAUUUGAAAAGCUUUGGGACGUUGGCGAUACGGGGGUUGUGGAGUACCGUCUUCCCUAGUGAAAGGGGCGGCUUCUGAAUGUAUAUCGAGCUACCCACUGUUCCAUCAAUGUGUUAUCACCAAAAUUGAAAUUUAGACACU